AUGGUCAAGACAAGCACCUUUCUGGCUGCUCUGCCAUUAGUCAUUGCAAAUGCCCAUGCGGCUAUAGUAGAACAGUGGUGGAACAUAAGUUAUGCUACUGCUAAUCCUGAUGGACUGUAUGAGAGGAGAGUGAUAGGUGUGAAUGGAACAUGGCCCCCACCAGCCAUAACAGCAACCCAAGGUGAUAUCAUACGUAUCCACGCCUACAACGGACUGGGUGAUCCAGAUAUUGGAACAGCCUUACAUAGUCAUGGAAUGAUGUUCAACAAUUCAAAUUGGUAUGACGGCGCGGUUGGGAUUACGCAGUGUUCAAUACCGAUGGGACAUACCUUGGAUUAUGAGAUUGAUACGAGUAUACAGACUGGGACGUAUUGGUUCCAUGGACAUUAUCUAGGUCAAUAUGUCGAUGGACUUCGAUCUCCACUGAUCAUCGAACCCAAGAAUCGGACUGGUAGAUCGGAUGACCUAGAAUGGGAUGAUGAGUUCACGCUGGUCGUGUCGGAUUGGUACCACCGACAACACCUUGACUUGCUCACCAAUGACUUCUUAACAUGGCAUAAUCCGACGGGUGCUGAGCCUGUACCAGACUCCGCUCUGAUUUAUCUCGUAAAAGAUGGCCAAUAUUACCCUUCACCUGAAGCUGUAUCUUCCGGAGAAGCUACCAAUGAUAAUCUUAGCAUACCUUUUGAAGCUGGAAAGAAGUAUAAAAUGAGGAUCAUCAACAUGUCAGCCUUAUCUAUGUUCCUCAUUGCAAUCGACCAACAUGAUCUGCAGAUAAUAGAAGUCGAUGGUGUGGAAGUGGAGCCGUAUCCCAUCGACGUUCUCACCAUUUCAGUUGCACAACGAUACUCGGUCAUUGUCCAGGCGAAGGAUACUGCAGAUGUGAACUAUGCUAUGGCUGUCAUGCAGAGCGAGGAAAUGUAUGACUACAUUCCCGAUGAACUCGUGCUCAACAACACCAUCCAAAUCACUUAUAACCCCGAUGCCCCUCCAGCGCCCGAAGCAGUAUACGAUGAAAUGGUAGAUCUGGAUGAUACUGUUCUGGUACCGCUAUUGAAGCGUGAAAUGGCACCUGCCGAUAUCGAAUUUGUCCUUCAUGCCAAUUUCGACACCUAUGAUGAUGGCACCAACCGAGGUAACUUCAACAACGUAACAUUCCAAGAACCCAAAACGCCCUCCAUCUUUACGGCCCUGACCAUGGGCAACGAUUCGUUCAACAACGCUGUGUAUGGUCAGAUGACCAAUGCGUUCGCAUACCCACACAUGGCGAAUAUACAAUUGACAGUGUAUAAUUGGGAUGCUGGACCUCACCCUUUCCAUUUCCAUGGCCACGAAUUUCAAAUUGUCCAGAAAUCACAGGAUGUCACUUCGGAUGAUCCUGAAGAUAAUCCACCAUUAAUUGAAGGUCAGGACAAUCCUAUAAGAAGGGAUACAGUGACGAUACCAAGUAAUGGGAAGGUUGUGUUGAGAUGGAGAGCGGAUAAUCCUGGUGCUUGGUUCUUCCAUUGUCAUAUCGAUUGGCAUCUGUCUUCCGGACUGGCGGUUGUAUUCGUCGAAGCUCCUGAGAAAUUACAAGAGAACAGUAGUGUACCUCAACCGCUCAUAGACCAAUGUAAAUAUUGGGGAUUACCUACUUCUGGGAACGUAGUAGGACUGAACUCAACAUCCGAUUUCACUGGUCAACCAUGGGGACCAUUCCCUUUAGUAAUCGGAUGGACACCAAAAGCUAUAUUAUCGAUAAUAGCAUGUACGAUUACUGCCUUGAUAGGGGCAUUUACGGUGAUAUGGUAUGGAAAGGAUGAAUUAGGUCAGAAAGAUGUUGAAGAAGAGAUCAAGAAGAAAUUGCAAGCUAAGAAGGAUAAGAAAGGUUUGGUGAGGAGGAUAACGGGUAGAUCAUAA